CUGUUCUUUGACCCUGCACUUUUACGCGGACGCCACCAGCAACUUAAAUCCGAUUCUCUCUCUCUCUCUCCUCCUCCUCUCUCUCAUCUUCUCUGCGCCUCGCUAGCUCCGGCACCGGACCGGAACUUUCCUAGACGCAAUCUCUCGCCGUUCGCCGUUAACGGUGUUGGCCUCGGAUGACGUUUUCCGUAGUUCGGAUCAUUCACCGGUGAUUUCUAGGCUGUUGACUCAGGUUUUCUCUAUAUAUUAGGUAUUUGGACGGCAAAGUGAUUUAUUGAACUUAUAUUAGAUUCAUAGAUCUGUGAAUUUUGGACUUAAAACAGUGGAGGUCGGUUUCCUGGUGACAUUUGUCGGUCGCCAGAGAAAAAGAGGAAUAGUUUAGGGGUGUGAAUGUUGAUGGUGGAGUACGGACGGAAUUAUAGUCGUCGUCGUCGUUGAUGAUGAUCGGAACAACUGAGACCAAUCGCAGCGGGUGGUGGUGUUACGGAAAAUCUCUCACAUGGAAUGGCAGAUCUUGUUAGCUAUGGUAAUGCCGACCGUGACAUCGAACAGGCGAUUAUUGCUUUGAAGAAGGGAGCUCAGUUACUUAAGUAUGGUCGGAAGGGGAAGCCUAAGUUUUGUCCAUUCAGGCUUUCUAGUGACGAAUCAUCUCUGAUUUGGAUUUCUGGUAGUGGUGAGAAAAGUUUGAAGUUAGCUUCGAUUGCAAGGAUAAUUCCUGGUCAAAGAACUGUUGUUUUCCGCAGAUAUUUGCGUCCUGAAAAGGACUACUUGUCCUUUUCUCUCAUAUACAACAAAGGAAAACGAUCCCUUGAUUUGAUUUGCAAGGAUAGAGUUGAGGCAGAGGUUUGGAUUGCUGGCUUAAAAGCAUUAAUAUCUGCUGGCCAAGGUGGGCGGUCAAAAAUUGAUGGAUGGAGUGACGGAGGACUAUAUUUUGAAGAUAACAAAGAAUUGACAUCAAAUAGUCCAACUGACAGUUCUUUUAGUAUCAACCGGGAUACUAGCUCUCCAGAGGUUUCCAUCAGUUCAAACACCAAUUCAUCUCCAAAGAAUUAUCAGCCAGAAGACUCUCUCUUCUCCGAAAGGUCACAUGUUUCUUUGGACCAAGGCAAUAUGCAAGCGAGAGGUUCUGGUUCCGAUGUUUUUCGAGUCAGUGUAUCUAGUCAACCAAGCACAUCCAGUCAUGGCUCUGGUCCAGACGAUUGUGAUGCUUUAGGCGACGUAUACGUAUGGGGAGAAGUCACUUGCGAUAACUUGCUGCAGCUUGGUCCUGAUAAAACCGCUUGCUCAAGAGCAGACGUUCUACUUCCAAGGCUUCUAGAAUCAAGCGUAGUUCUAGACGUAAACCAUAUUGCUUGUGGGGUCCGGCAUGCCUCGCUCGUUACCAAACAGGGCGAAGUUUUCACAUGGGGAGAAGAAUCUGGAGGUCGUCUCGGCCAUGGUGUUGUUAAGGAUGUCGUUCAGCCUCGUUUGGUUGAAUCCUUAACGUUCUCCACGGUUGAUUACGUUGCUUGUGGCGAGUUCCAUACUUGCGCUGUAACAAUGACGGGCGAGCUUUAUACAUGGGGUGACGGGACAUAUAACACCGGGCUUCUCGGUCAUGGAACCGACGUUAGCCAUUGGAUACCCAAGAGAGUUUCGGGCCCUCUCGAGGGACUUCAUGUGGUAACCGUCACCUGUGGGCCAUGGCACACUGCGUUGAUAACGUCGAUGGGUCAGCUUUUCACGUUCGGCGAUGGGACGUUCGGUGUUUUAGGCCACGGCGAUAAGGAAAGCGUUUAUUAUCCUCGAGAGGUUGAUUCGUUAUUAGGGUUGAGGACGAUUGCGGUUGCUUGCGGGGUAUGGCACACUGCUGCGGUUGUUGAGGUUAUUGUUACGCAAUCGAGUGCUAGCGUUUCCUCGGGGAAGCUGUUUACGUGGGGGGAUGGAGAUAAAAACAGACUCGGACAAGGAGAUAAGGAGCCUCGACUUAAGCCUACAUGUGUGCCAGCGCUCAUUGAUUACAAUUUCCAUAAAAUCGCUUGCGGGCAUAGCUUGACGGUCGGGCUAACUACUUCAGGCCAUGUUUUCACCAUGGGAAGCACUGUUUACGGGCAGCUCGGGAAUCCUCAAUCUGACGGGAAAGUUCCUUGUUUGGUGGAGGAUAAACUUCUUCACGAAUCGGUUGAGGAGGUUUCUUGCGGUGCUUAUCAUGUUGCGGUUUUAACUACGAGGAAUGAAGUGUAUACGUGGGGGAAAGGAACGAACGGGCGGUUAGGUCAUGGGGAUAUUGACGAUAGGAAAACCCCGUUUCUCGUUGAUGCUUUGAAGGAUCGCCAUGUUAAGUUUAUUGCUUGCGGUUCGCAUUACACUAUGGCUAUAUGUCUUCAUAAAUGGGUGUCAGGUGCAGAGCAGUCUCAGUGUUCGGCUUGUCGGCAGGCUUUCGGAUUCACUCGGAAGAGGCAUAACUGUUACAAUUGUGGAUUAGUUCAUUGUCAUUCUUGCAGUUCCAGGAAAGCGUCGAGAGCAGCGUUGGCUCCUAGUCCGAAUAAACCCUACCGAGUGUGUGAUUCUUGUUUUGCAAAAUUGAGUAAAGUAGCUGAAGCGGCUGCUACUGACCGGAGGACUUCUACUGCACCGCGACUUUCCGGUGAAAACAAGGAUAAGUUGGAGAAAGGUGAUAUGAGAUCCGCCAAAUCUUCUGUUAGUUAUAACGUUGAUUUGAUUAAGCAACUCGAUAAUAAAGCGGCUAAGCAAGGGAAGAGAGCCACCGAUGCCUUCUCUAUAGGACGUUCCUCUCAACUAAAAGAUGAUCGUUGGAUGGCACCACCGAAACCGAUUUCGACUCGUUCCGUUGCUAGUUCGAGAUCUGUCUCGCCAUACUCUAGGCGACCUAGUCCUCCUCGAUCAGCUACCCCAGUCCCCACUACUUCUGGGCUUUCUUUCUCCAAAAGCAUUUCAGAUAGUUUGAAGAAAACUAAUGAUCUUUUAAACCAGGAAGUUCAAAUGUUAAGAUCACAAGUUGAUAGCUUGAGGCAGCGGUGUGAGCAACAGGAACUAGAGCUUCAGAAGCAAACGAAGAGAGCUCAGGAUGCGAUAGCGUUCGCCACAGAAGAAUCCAGUCGAUCUAAAGCUGCAAAAGAAGUGAUUAAGUCUCUUACCGCACAGCUCAAAGAUUUGGCUGAGAGGCUACCACUACCAAACGGUUUGGAGACAAAUGGCCUUCAUUUACACGUCGAUGGAAAUUUGGGGCUAGGUUUUGAUUCUACAAACAAUCCCUUUACUCCCCGAGAAUUGGCGAGAGAUCAUCCAACUGAGAGUUCAGAUGUCAGAUUUCCAAACGGAAGUGGUGAAGGUGUAGAAGCUACUGUCCCGAAUGAAUCUACUGAUCGCGAUAAUAGAGUGACAUCAGUUAUUACUACUAUUACUACUGCAGCCGCACCACCACCACCGCCGCUGUCACCUGUUGGAAAUAAUAAUAAUAAUAAUAAUAAUGGGAAUCAAGUGGAGGCAGAUUGGAUUGAGCAAUAUGAACCUGGUGUAUAUAUAACCCUUAUGGCUCUGGGUGAUGGAACCCGAGAUCUUAAACGAGUGCGAUUCAGCCGAAGAAGGUUUGGGGAGAACCAAGCGGAGACAUGGUGGUCAGAGAAUCGAGAAAGGGUUUACGAGAGAUACAACGUUCGUGGGUCAGAUAGAUCAUCGAUUUCGGGGCAGGUGGCUCGUAGAUCCGAGGGAGGUUUGUCCCCCUCUUCCACAAGAGGUUUUGGGUAGUAGGUUAUUAACCAGAAACCAAAAUUGAUAAGUGAAAGUCUCUAGUUUUUUACUUUUGUUUUUUUUAAUCUUCGUUUCAUUUACAUAUUUAAAAUUUAUUUUGUUUUUGAUUGUGUCUCUUCAUUCCUCUUGACAUGGUUAAACUUAACUAUCUUUUUAGUGUAUAUAUAUAUAUAUAUAACAACAGUACCAGUCUACGAUUAAACUAGGAAAAUUGUUCAAUGCUUUACUUUUUAUCCUUU